CAAGUCAGUACAGGUAUUGUUGUUUUAAGUGGUCGAUAGUGACAUUAUUAGUGCCAGUGAAGUGAUGUUACAUAUUUUUAUGUGAAAAUGCCGAAAAUGGAGCGACGACUGUGGUUAGACUGUAUAGUGUUUAUACAACUUAUGCACCUGUGUUUCGCAUGUCAAAUGGAAGGAGUUUCAAACUGGCGUCUCCGAGUAGAAGAGAGCAUAUUAGACACUCACAAUGGAGUUGUGUUAAAUCGGAGUACAUCUGAUAUUAUAAGUAUUAACACUAUAGUUCACAGCGAAGGAUUAAACCGUGGUCCAUAUAUCGAUGUAAAGUAUGAAAAUUCGCGAUUUAUCGUGGCAACUACUGCCAACUUCGCUGAAUAUGAGGAGCAUGAAACGUCUAAAACUAUGAGAGUAACAGUUUCGUUCAACUGCGCGCAAGGAUCAACUAAUCAACCACCGCUGAUUAUUCAAAUAGAUAUUGUUGAUACGAAUCAAAACGCGCCUCGAUUUCUUCCGACAGACAAUUAUGAAUUUACUGUGAUUCCCCCUCUACCUCCGGGAUUUUUGGUGACAGGAUGUGACAACCAAAUUAUAGCCAGAGAUAUCGACUUGACAACUCAAAGAGUCGAUUUCACGAUAGAAGAAAAUGAUUAUUUCGAAAUUUUUUACGAUUCGUCUCCCGCGACAAAGGAAUUUUCAGCAACAUUGCGAGCCAAGAUGUUUAUAAGAUCAAUACCAGACGACCUUAGUUUAAAAAUAAUGGCAACAGAUAUUGAUGAAACAAACGAUCCGCCCCUAACAACAGAAGGCACCGUUCGGAUAAUAUCAGAUACACAAUUUCAAUUGCCAGAGGAUUUGCAAUUUUCGAAAACAUUCUAUUUAAUGAAUUACACUAAUGAAAACUUGGUAACUGAUGAAUAUAUAUUCUUGACUCGAGGUUACGAUAAUCAAGUAAAAUUUAGCUUCGAAGGAGAACACUCAGAAUACUUCGGAAUGACUACAAAUGAGAAUAGAAUUACGUUCCAGAUGAAAACAGAAAUACCUACUGAAAUUUUACGAGAACAACAGAUAUACCUUAUAGUUCGAGCUGAGAGAGAACACACAAGUGGAGCUGCAGCUACCAUUAUAAUACAACUACCAACUGCUAGAGAGUUGAGUUUUGAAUUGCUGUCUUAUAAAGGUAUAAUAGAUGGUAUUUAUUUUGUGCAUCAGGAUAUAUUUUUAAAUCAAGGCUAUAAUGAAGAUGUUAUUUUUGGGAUUCGAGGAGAUCAUGCCAACUUAUUUAAUCAUACAAACAAUGAAAACCAAUUAAUUAUAUCUUUGAGGACACAAUUACCUCAAGAAAUUGUAAACUCAAACAAUAUUCUAACUUUGGAAAUUACUGCAAGUGGUGACUAUGCGAAUACAGCGGUAACUACCCUCAUUUUUGAAAUAAUUAAAGAUGAUUUGACUACACCAGUUUUCGCAAAAAAAAUAUAUGAGGGCAAAUACGUAAAUUCUACACUUGUUACUAUUGAAGAAAUAAGUUUAAGUCAAGGGUAUGAUGGGACAGUGGACUUUAAAAUUUUUGGAGAGCACGCCGAAUAUUUCAGAAUAGAAAAUGACGAUGACAAUGUUAUAGUAUCGCUAAGAUACGCUAUUCCUGAGGACCUGAUAUUUUCAGCUAAGAUUUUUACUUUAUACAUUGUAGCUACAAAACCGAACACUGUUGGCGGCAUGGCCGCUCUUGUCAUAAGGUUUCCGAAUGAGCUAACCGAACUUGCUGUUAUGGAAUUUUCUAAGCACACAUACGUUGGAACUUUGGAAAACAAAGCGGUAUCUAUAGAAAAUGUUAUACUAGAAAGUGGUUUUACGAACCAAGUCCGUUUUAUCUUAAGUGGAGAAUAUUACAAUUACUUCACAUACUCUACGAGCGAAAAUGUUAUAUCUAUUUUGGCAAGUGAAGAAUUACAUCAAAAUUUAGGAAACGAAGACAAUAUAAUAUUAAACGUACGAGCUGAAAGAGUUAAUGCGAUUCCUGUUACAACGUCCGUUGUAAUAAGUAUAGUUAAGAAGGAAAUAAUACAACCUGUUUUCGAAAACCCUUAUUAUAAAGGAAUUUACACAGAAAAUGUUGGAUUGCAAUUUAACAAUGUUAUUAAAUUAAGAUCUGGGUUUGAUGUUACUGUUACGUUUGAUUUACAAGGCGAACAUUCGCAAUGGUUUUAUAUUACUGAAACUGAAGAUUCAGUUAUAUUACACGCAAAUAUAACAAAUUCUGUACCGAAUGACUUUAUAAUGAACAAUAAACUUAUUGUCUUAACAAUUAUUGCAAACAAACCAGAAGCGAUUGCAGGAAGAACUGUUAUUGUAGUUGAACUUAAUGCAGAAAAUAAAGACAGCUCGCUAUCGUUUGAAAGGGUAUAUUAUGUAGGUUCUUUAGAUAAAAACAAAAUCACUUUGGAUACAAUCAACUUAAGGGGCAAUCUUGAUGAACCAUACACCGUUACCUUACAUGGUGAUUUGGCCAACUAUUUUAGUACAUCUUCACAAGGCGAUGGACUAGGAAUAAUCCUUAAGCAAGAUUUGCCAGAAGAAGGGCUUUCCGAUGAUAAUUUAAUUACUUUAGAAAUAAGAGCAACACGAAAUACUAAUAUUGCCCAAGCAACAGUUGUUUUAAAGAUUAUAAAAGAAAUUGAUGAUACACCAACCAUCAAAUCAAUCCGUUUUAACCGUGCCUACUAUACCGGCCAAUAUUCUGCUGAUGGUUUGAGUUUUACUGACAUCAUUUCGCUUUCGGGGGGAUUUGAUGAUACUGUAGAGUUUAACUUAGACGGAGAAUCAUCACAAUGGUUCUAUAUAACUCAAGAUGGAAAUUCAGUAAGAUUAUACGAAAACUCAACAAAUACAUUACCCAACCACGUAGUAGCAAGCAACAAUCAAAUUGCGUUUACUGUUUUGGCAAAUAAGCCUGGUACUGUUUCUGCAGAAUCAGCCGUAUUAAUAGAAUUCAUAAAAGAAGUUGAUGACGCACCAACCAUCAAACCAAUCCGUUUUAACCGUGCCUACUAUACCGGCCAAUAUUCUGCUGAUGGUUUGAGUUUUACCGACAUCAUUUCGCUUUCGGGGGGAUUUGAUGAUACUGUAGAGUUUAACUUAGACGGAGAAUCAUCGCAAUGGUUCUAUAUAACUCAAGAUGGAAAUUCAGUAAGAUUAUACGAAAACUCAACAAAUACAUUACCCAACCACGUAGUAGCAAGCAACAAUCAAAUUGCGUUUACUGUUUUGGCAAAUAAGCCUGGUACUGUUUCUGCAGAAUCAGCCGUAUUAAUAGAAUUCAUAAAAGAAGUUGAUGACGCACCAACCAUCAAACCAAUCCGUUUUAACCGUGCCUACUAUACCGGCCAAUAUUCUGCUGAUGGUUUGAGUUUUACCGACAUCAUUUCGCUUUCGGGGGGAUUUGAUGAUACUGUAGAGUUUAACUUAGACGGAGAAUCAUCACAAUGGUUCCAUAUAACUCAAGAUGGAAAUUCAGUAAGAUUAUACGAAAACUCAACAAAUACAUUACCCAACCACGUAGUAGCAAGCAACAAUCAAAUUGCGUUUACUGUUUUGGCAAAUAAGCCUGGUACUGUUUCUGCAGAAUCAGCCGUAUUAAUAGAAUUCAUAAAAGAAGUUGAUGACGCACCAACCAUCAAACCAAUCCGUUUUAACCGUGCCUACUAUACCGGCCAAUAUUCUGCUGAUGGUUUGAGUUUUACCGACAUCAUUUCGCUUUCGGGAGGAUUUGAUGAUACUGUAGAGUUUAACUUAGACGGAGAAUCAUCGCAAUGGUUCUAUAUAACUCAAGAUGGAAAUUCAGUAAGAUUAUACGAAAACUCAACAAAUACAUUACCCAACGACGUAGUAGCAAGCAACAAUCAAAUUGCGUUUACUGUUUUGGCAGAUAAGCCUGGUGCUGUUUCUGCAGAAGCUGCUAUAUUUAUAGAAAUUCUACAGGAAUGCUCCGAGAAUUUACGCUUUGACCGAGCAUACUAUGUCGGAUCUUUAAAUAAAACUGAUGUAACUUUGGAUGCUAUAACUCUAAUCGGAAACUAUGACGAUACAUAUUAUGUUACUUUGCAUGGCAAUUAUGCAAGCUACUUUUCGAUAACACCUCAUCGCCCAGUAUUUGAAAUUGUUCUUCAGCGGGAGGUUUCUGAAGAUCUACUCAUUAACGAUUUUAUAACAUUUGAGAUACGACUGUCGAAAAAUGAUGUUAUCACUGCGAGAACGACAACAAUUCUUAGAAUAAUAAAAGAUAACGAGCAUCCAGUUAUUAAUGGAAUUCAAUUUGAUCGUGUAUACUAUGUUGGGAGAUAUACAUCAGAAAAUGUAUUUACGUUUGAAAACACAAUAUCACUUGCUGAAGGAUACGACGAAACUGUUACAUAUUCUUUAUACGGAGAUCAGUCUACAUGGUUUGAAUUAGAUACAACUGGAAGUUCUGCUAAACUAACUUUAUCUCGGCAAGUACCAUCUGACGUGGUUAAUAGUUAUUCACAGUUAAUUUUUGAGGUCCAUGCCAAUAGAGCUAGCGAUACAGCAUCAGCAAGAUCAACUAUUAUCAUUACCAUUGAAGGUGUUGAUGAUGGAUCUACUCCUAUCAUGAAGUUCGAACGACAGGCGUACGUCGGUACCAUAAGCCAGGGUGACAUAUUGUUGGACCCAAUAGUUUUAGCCGAAGGCUACAACGACGAAGUUAAAUUUAGUUUAAUAGGAGAACUUAAUAGCUAUUUUAAUACACCGAAUGAGCGAAAUGUAGUAACCUUGACUCUUCUACGACCAAUACCAGAAGAAAAUAUUCCCAUUAAUAGACUUAUAACAAUUGACAUCCAAGCAACAUCGGAAUAUACAAGCGCGCGUGCUGCGAUAGUUUUGAAAAUCGUUCAAAAUGAACAAUCCAUGGAGAAUCUAAAUUUUGAUAAACCAUAUUACUCGGGAACUUAUACAGGAGCUUCUGAAUUUAGCUUUGACUUCAUAAUUCGAAUGGAAUCAGGCUUCGAUGAAGCAAUCCAAUUCAAAUUAGAGGGAGACCACUCAACUUGGUUUAGACUGCGGCAAUCUGGAAACUCCGCUCAGUUGGAACUAAGUUCCUCCAUACCUGAAAGUGUUAUAAACAAUAACAAUCAACUCGUAUUCGUUGUAUACGCACAAAGGGUGGGUUCCGAAGUGGUUCUAACCCGAUCGGUCAUCAUAAUAGCCUUAACAAACGAUCCGAUAACGAAUGUGAAAUUCGACAAAGUUUUGUAUUUAGGACGCGUGGAAAAUAAUGCUGUGGUACAUGAAGCUAUAACUGUUGUGGAAUUUAGCGGAAAUGUUCAAGUUUCAGGAGAAUAUAGCCAACUAUUCACAGCAACUAUCACCAAUGGAGUCGUCACUGUAACGCUUUCUGCUACGAGCGUACCAUCAAUUCUUUCGUAUGUCACCUUGAAACUGGUGGCUGAUGAAGCAAGUGCUGUACUACUUCUAGAUAUAUAUAAAUCUGACACUCCAGUUGAGCGGCCUUCCCUUUCAUUCAGCUCUUCAUCCUACAUACUCGAAGCCAAUGAAGGUUCUACGGGAGAGGUGGGUCGAGUAUCCGCAACCGCCGAUAAUGGAGAGACUGUCAUCUACUCUUUGGAGAUAGAAAAUGAACACUUAAAGCAACGACUUACAGUCAAUAGCAAUGGAGAGAUACAUCUAUCAGCUUCAGCUAAUCUUGGUGUCUACAGUUUCAAAGCAAUAGCCCGAACAAGAAUAUCACAAGUCUCUGCUUCUGCAGCGGUUCAGCUAACAAUCGUCGAACUUGGAACCACGAUCAAUUUACCACCUCUACUCGUUCUAGAACGCGAUGAAGAAGAACCACACCUAAAUCUAGUACCUCUAGACCGUACGAAGUAUCCGAACUGCGAAUACAGCCUUUCAAAUAAAUGGCCAUUGGACCAAAAUUGGCUUUACGUGGAUUCAGAAGGUUUACACACACGUUCCAUAGACAGAGAACACGACUCCAUAGCAUUCAUGCCUGUAUCUCAAGUUCAAGUGGAACUGAACCUAAAUUGUAAUAAAAGAAGCAAGCGUUCUAACGUUGAGAAUCUAAAUUAUGGUUCCAAUAAAUGGAUUCUAACAGAUAGUAUCUCCUAUAACCCAAGUAGGACUCUGGUAAACCUAAUAGUUAGGGAUAUAAAUGACAAUGCUCCGAAAUUUAAAGCAGAUUCAGUGACAGUUGGGUACCCAAGCGGUGAUUUAGCAGAAAUUGUGUUACCAAGAGCAAUAGCCGAGUUAAAAGCGACUGAUGCUGAUAUAGAAGAGAAUGCAUUGUUACGGUAUAUGACUUCGGAUGAGAGGUUCGUAGUAUCUCCAACAACUGGUUCCGUUCAUUUGAGGAAUCGUGUUACUUUGGAAGAUAAUACUCGGCUAGUGGUGGAUGCUGUUGAUCGAAAUGGCACCGGGCUUAAGGGGUCUGUGGAAAUUACGGUUCGGUUAUUAGAUAGAAAUCAGAUUGCGGUUCUAACAGUUUCAAGUAGAUUUCUUGACGAUGAAAUAACAAUACUGGAUGAGCUGAGUAAGGCUGUUGGUUAUGAUGUAAAACCACUUCGCACUACCGUAAUUUCGGAAAGCCGUUAUGACAACGAAGGAGACAAAUCAAGGAUGCGACGUGAUGUAAAUACAAAUGGAGCCUCGUUAAGACUUUAUGUUUAUGGCCUAAAACAGCGUGAACCUGUUGAUGUCACACAACUGACCGAUGAUCUUAGUAACACCAUAGCAACGGUCAGCUUGGCCCGUAUCCUAUCACUAGAAGAUCAUCUAGAUGAACUACAGAUAUGUCCUGCUUUUGAACGUGAGAUUGGAUUGUUAGCGGCAACUAUUGUACUGGCAGUGUUACUUCUUAUCAUAAUUAUAGCUUUCGGGGUAUGGUUCUACUUGCGAAGGAAAAUAGCGAACGACUACGACCAGUUCAGUGACCAAAAUAGUUUGCGUUCACGAAACGAUUCCAUCGAAUCCCCAAAAGUGGAACCUGUAUUUACAACACCAAGGCUUAUAGGUAUAGAGGAACUACGAAAGAGUGAAAAAAAGCUUCAAGAACGUCUUGAUGCCCCCAAAGAAGUACCAGAAAAGCCAUCUUCUAAAAAUUUUGAGAUAAUUGAUAUUGCUGAAACUGAUUCCAAAUGGCCGAUUGUAAUUCAAUCAAUUGAUAAGUUAAAAGAUAACGCUGAUGAGUCUGAUAAUGAUGAAUUUGGGGAGAAGGUACGUCCAAGAAGAAAAUCAGUUGUCACGUUUAACGAAAAUGUCGAGAAAAUUAUACAUCUUGAAGAUGUUUCGGUGGACUGUAUCUCAGACGCUGAUGUUGAAGUUCACAAAUUUUAAAUUAUUUAGAUAUUUUUUUGUAACAAAUUUAAAAUUAUAAUUAGUAUUAAAGUGCAAAAAAUUAGGUUUAAUUGUGAGACCUAAAUCUUAAAUUCUAAUAAAUUUACCAUUUAAAGACUAGAUUAUACUUCAAAUUGUGGAACCGGUUUGUAAGUUCACUAAAAUAUUUUGUUAGUCAAUUGAUGAGAGAAAACAUUUACAUGCAUACAGUAUAAUGAUAAUAACCGUAAACAAUUAUAAAUGCUAAAAAUUAUAUAAAAGAUGUAAUAGGAAGAGCUUCUGCAAGAUAAUCUGAUGAAGAUUGGCUAAUAGAAAACAUUAAAAAAGAUAGAUAUAGCAUCAAAAUCAACACUUAAUAUUUAAAAAAUACAAGAACAAAAAUUAGAAAUAAUUAUUGGCAUGAUAAGCAUUAUCCUCCUUUGUCAAUUGUAAAGGACACUCCUACCUGAGUAAAAAGCGAUACUCUAAAUUUGUGAAUCUAUAACAGUAAUUUCGUAAUCUAUUUUUUGCUUAAAACUUAAUGAAUAAUUGUAACCAGGAUACGUAUUAUUUAACGUAUUCUUCGUAUAAUAUCAACCAUUAUUAAAAUAUUAUUUUUACAAUCUAAUACAAUACAUUUUAUACAGGAACAUUAUAAUUUUAUCUCACCGUUUCUUCAGAAAAAAAUAAGUUUUAUGCACAUGGCCAAAACCCAAAGACUGUUUGAGCCAAUGUCCUCUUUAUAGCUGCUAAGAUAAAAUCGGAGGAGUGAAUAAAAUUAAACUUAACCGUCAUGUCUCUUAGUAGGUGGCAAAUGUGCCAAAAUUCACGAUAUUUAUGGUCCACAUUCUAGGUUACUUUCCAAAUUUAAUAUAAAUGAUUAAAAACAGCUAUUAUUUUAAAUUCCAUAAAUAAUAAUACUGUUGUUAUGAUAAAAGAAAUAAAAGGCAGAGCUCUCUCCUAUAACAAAUAAUAGAAGAAAGCCGUUCUCGUCCGCCGUGAAUCUUUCAGCGAGCCUUCUGGGAAUGUCCAUAGGCGGGGCGGUAUCACUUAACACCAGGUUUGUCUCCUAUUACAUUAAAAAGAAAUUAAAAAAAAAGAAUUGAACACGUAUUGUUAUUAUUUGUUAUUUCUGUGUGGGAAGUGUUAUCCUUCAGAGUGCAACUUUCAUCCGAGGUAGGGAUAGGUUCGAUCCACGGCUAUUCAUUAUUGGACUUACGGUCUAAGUGCGCAUCUAACUCUUGCCCAUACGGUGAGAAGAAAAUCGAGACCGGGCAUGCCUUCAAGCCAAAAACCAACGACAUGUGUCAUACGGAGGGAUGAUCACCUACUUGUCUAGUUAUAAAAAAAUUAACACACGUAAGAUCAAGGAAAACUGGCAUGCCUUAUUAAGGUCGACGGAGUGUGUUAGGAGGCUGAGGAUCAGACCGUGGACUCAAAAAUAUAAUAACCAACAACUCAAAUAAUUAAUGACUUAGUUAAUAAUCAUAUUUAAAUAACUUCAAUUAAAUUAACAAAUUCUUUAUUGAAAACAAAUGAUAUUAAAAAAGAUUCACAGCUGUGAAUCUGUUUAUACCUAAUUUGUUGCUAAUAGAUACUUUGUCGAGAGUACUUCAUACUAAUUGAUCGUUCAUUUAAUGUUCUUAUAUUUUUGCUUUAUUAGGUGUACUUGUAAUUAUAUUGCCGAGUUUCAUUUUAUAAUUAAUUACUCUCUCAAUAUUUCGUAAGUUGUGCGUACUAUAAACUUUACGCGAACUGUCCAUAUACACUGCCCACACAGAAUAACAUUACUUGUUAAAUUAUUUCUACUAUUCUUUGUUAUAAUAUAAGAGCUCUGACUUCUAUUUCUUUUCGCAUAACAUCAGUAGUAUUACUCAGUUUUAAAUAAUUACACUAAAUAAUAUAAUCUUAAUAAUAAAAUAUUAUC